AUUAUCCUACCGCUAAUGUAUACUUCCCAAAUGUGUUGAAAAUCCGUUUACUCUUGAAAGAGGAGCUUGAAAAUUCUGAUAACUUCAUGCAUAAGAUGGCAGCAAGAAUGAAUGAGAAAUUUGCUAAAUAUUGGACCAACUUUAGCAUAAUCAUGGCUGUGGCUGUUGUUUUAGACCCUCGAUUUAAGUAUGAGUUUGUGGAGUGGGCUUUUAAGAAGGUGUAUGGGGAAAUAGAGGGUACUAAUGAGUUGGUGAAGUUCAAGGAAAGGUUGGAUUAUUUAUAUGGUGUUUAUGUGACUGAGGCUUCCACAACAACACCACGAACAAGGCGCCGUUCUUCUAGACAGCCUAAUGAAGAGCAAGUUGAUGUUGCUUCUGAUUCUUUUAUGAUGGACUUUGAUAACUUCUCUUCUAGAAAAUCAUAUGUUGCUGCUAAAUCUGACUUGCAAAUCUACUUGGAAGAGCCAUUGAUUCCUCGUGCAACCAACAUUAAUAUUCUAUAUCAUUGGAAAACAAAUGUUGUGAGGUAUCCAAUUCUUUCAAAGAUGGCAAGGGACAUCCUUGCAAUCCCUAUUUCAACAGUAGCUUCAGAAUCUGCCUUCAGUACUGGUGGUCGAGUUUUGGACUGCUAUAGAAGCUCUUUGAAACCAAACACAGCAGAAGCUAUCAUUUGCCUCAAAGAUUGGACUUUUGGUGAAGCUAAUAUGGAUCCGCAAUUGCAAGAUUUAUGUGGAAAAAUCAUGGCCAUGAAAGUCAACGAUGAUGUGGGGGAUACUCCCAGCCCCAGCCCUCCACAAAGUGCACCAGAAAGUCCUGCUGUCAUGGAGAGUCAAACCUGAUUAUGUUGUUAAUUUCUUCUAAAAUUAGUUGAUGAAACUGUUACUGUUAUUUUGGACAUGUAUUUGGUUUUCUAGUUGAACUUUUAUUUGCCUACUUGGAAGUAUUUUGGACAUGUAACUCUUGAAUUAUGUUGUUAAGUUAUGUUUGCUUGAAUUAUGUGUUGAAUUUGAA